UCAGAAGCAAAACCUCAAUAAGAAUAUAGCUUUCAAUGCUAUUCUCAUUGGUAAGCCAGGUAAGGAUAGAAUCAGAGAUACGGACAUGGAAGUAAAUUUCAAACUAUUGGAGUUGGAAGGUUGGAAAUUGCCAACAAUCUGCAACUAUCAAAUCAGGUCACACUAUUUCAACAUUUUAACUUAAAGAUAUGAUGAAGAAAUAGCCAUUACAAAAUAUACUGUGAAAUUAAAUAUGGAGUAACUGCCUAUGCUGCUCCAACAAAUAUCAAAAGGCCAGUUCAACUCUAAAUCCAAAUGACUCUACAAUUUGACAUUUAGAAACAAAGAAAUUGCUGAGCUUUAGCUUCUGCAAGCUCAUUCAUCUCCUGGAAUAAAAGCAUAGAGAGGAAACUCAUCUUUUAGGGUUUCUCGGUUAUUUAGGCAUCGAAGCUCAUGUCAACAAUCCGAACGGUGAAGGUAUAGAAAGGGUUGAGGAGAACAACAUAUCUCGGGCUUGCGGCGACCCAACGGUGGACGCCGGCGGAUCCAGGUUUUCAGCUUCGAAUCUUUACUUGGGGUUAUGUAGGUUUUGGUAGCUUUUUUGGAAAAUUUAGACCGAAAGAAGGAUAGAGGGUCUGGAAACCUGUCGUUUGGUGGUGGUUUUGUAUCCGUCAGAACACCGGUGGUGGAACUCUCUGACGGGCGGCGGCUAAAGGUUAGAGGAAGGAGAAUAAAAAGGAAAUAGAGAGAAAAAGAAAAGAAAAGAGGAACGCGAAAGAUGGGAAGAAAAAUGAGAAAAGAAUAAAGAAUGCCACGUCAUAUUUCCGUUAAGAUUUUAACGGUAGUGAUUAAAUAAACAAAUUAUGAAAUAUAGAUGUUUAAAUUUUGCGAUCGGGAAACUGAAAACAAACGCACUCACUCUCAGGAAGACCACCCAAAAAGAGAAAAAAAGAAAAAGAAAAAGAAAAAAAACUGUCUUCAGAUCUGAAAACUCAAAUCCAAACUUCAUUUAUUUCCGUUUGAUUGUCGAGAAAGAGAGAGAAAAACGGAAACGAUGGAGAAGUUCAUCGAUAACUUGUCUCCAAUGGAUCUGAUGCGGUCGGAGAAAAUGUCGCUUGUUCAACUCAUUAUUCCUGUCGAGUCCGCUCACCGAGCCGUUUCUUAUCUCGGCGAACUCGGUCUCCUCCAGUUCCGUGAUCUAAACGCUGAGAAAAGCCCAUUCCAACGAACAUUUGUUAAUCAGGUGAAGCGUUGUGGAGAAAUGUCAAGAAAGCUACGUUUUUUCAAAGAUCAAAUUAUUAAAGCUGGUCUACUCUCCUCAAUACACCCUGUUGUGGAGCCAGAUGUGGAAUUGGAGGAAUUAGAGAUGCAACUUGCCGAGCAUGAACAUGAGCUAAUUGAAAUGAACUCCAACAGUGAAAAACUUCGACAAACAUACAAUGAACUCCUGGAGUUCAAGAUGGUUUUGCUAAAGGCCGGUAGUUUUCUUGUGUCAAAUAAUAACCAGGCAGUUGCCAAGGAAAGGGAAUUAAGUGAGAAUGUAUACUCUAGUGAUCGUUAUGUCGAGGCAUCGUCAUUACUUGAACAGCAAAUGAGGACAGCAGACCAGUCUGGGUUGAGAUUCAUCAGUGGGAUUAUUUUUCAAUCUAAGGCUCUUAGAUUUGAGAGGAUGUUAUUUCGUGCUACCAGAGGCAAUAUGCUUUUUAAUCAGGCACCAGCUGAUGAAGAAAUCAUGGAUCCUUUAUCUGCUGAAAUGGUAAAAAAAACAGUAUUUGUAGUUUUUUUCUCUGGGGAACAAGCUAGAACAAAGAUUUUAAAAAUUUGUGAAGCAUUUGGAGCUAAUUGCUAUCCUGUUCCUGAAGACUUCAGUAAACAAAGGCAAAUAACUAGAGAAAUCUUGUCACGUCUUUCUGAAUUGGAAACCACAUUGGAUGCUGGCAUUCGCCAUCAAAAUAAAGCUCUGACUUCAAUUGGUUACCAUCUAACACAAUGGAUGAGCAUGAUACGAAGGGAGAAAGCUGUAUAUGAUACGUUGAACAUGUUGAAUUUUGAUGUUACUAAGAAAUGUCUUGUUGGGGAAGGAUGGUGCCCUGUAUUUGCAAAAGCUAAGGUUCAAGAAGCAUUGCAACGGGCAACAUUUGAUAGCAAUUCGCAAGUUGGUUCAAUUUUUCAUGUGAUGGAUGCUGUAGAAUCACCUCCAACAUAUUUUAGAACCAACCAUUUUACAAAUGCAUAUCAGGAGAUUGUUGAUGCAUAUGGUAUUGCUAGAUAUCAGGAGGCAAAUCCUGCAGUUUACACUGUUGUUACUUUUCCAUUUCUCUUUGCGGUGAUGUUUGGUGACUGGGGUCAUGGAAUAUGCUUGUUAUUAGGAGCAGUGGUCCUCAUAGCUCGAGAAAGCCGACUCAGCACACAGAAACUUGGAAGCUUUAUGGCGAUGCUAUUUGAGGGGCGCUAUGUGCUCCUUUUAAUGUCACUUUUUUCAAUUUAUUGUGGGUUGAUUUACAAUGAAUUCUUCUCCGUUCCCUUUCACAUAUUUGGUGGUUCUGCCUACAAAUGCCGAGAUGCUACCUGCAGUGAUGCACACUCUGCUGGUUUAAUCAAAUUUCGUGAUCCAUACCCAUUUGGUGUAGAUCCAAGUUGGCGUGGAAGUCGUUCAGAGUUGCCUUUUCUUAACUCUCUUAAAAUGAAGAUGUCAAUUUUGCUGGGUGUGGCCCAGAUGAACCUAGGAAUCAUAUUAAGUUAUUUCAAUGCACGCUUUUUCCACAGCUCCCUGGAUACUAGGUAUCAGUUUGUACCUCAGUUGAUAUUUCUUAACUCCCUUUUUGGCUAUCUUUCACUUCUCAUUAUAAUCAAGUGGUGCACUGGUUCUCAAGCGGACCUUUAUCAUGUGAUGAUCUAUAUGUUUCUGAGUCCCACUGAUGAUCUUGGUGAAAAUGAGUUGUUCUGGGGCCAGAGACCACUUCAGAUUGUAUUGCUUCUAUUGGCAUUAGUUGCUGUUCCAUGGAUGUUGUUUCCUAAGCCUUUUAUUUUGAAGAAGCUUCAUUCUGAGAGAUUUCAAGGUCGCAACUACGGCAUGCUUGUCUCUUCUGAAUUUGAUCCUGAUGUGGAACCUGAUUCAGCACGGCAACAUCAUGAGGAGUUCAACUUUAGUGAGGUUUUUGUACACCAAAUGAUACAUUCCAUCGAGUUUGUUCUAGGUGCUGUCUCAAACACUGCAUCAUAUCUUCGGCUGUGGGCUUUAAGCUUGGCACACUCUGAAUUAUCGACAGUUUUCUAUGAGAAAAUCUUACUACUUGCCUGGGGGUAUGACAACGUUGUGAUUCGAUUAAUUGGGCUAGCAGUUUUUGCGUUUGCAACUGCUUUCAUACUACUCAUGAUGGAGACCCUUAGUGCCUUCCUACACGCCUUGCGUCUUCACUGGGUAGAAUUUCAAAAUAAAUUCUACCAUGGUGAUGGAUACAAGUUCAAACCUUUCUCGUUUGCGUUGAUAGCAGAGGACGACGAUUAGUUAACCCCUAAUCCUGCAUUUCUGUUUUUGAUCAAGUUUGCAAGAUAGAGGUGACAUUAUUUUGAGAUGGAAGCUACUAAAAAAAAAGGCGCAGACGUAACAAUUCAGCUGGCUUAAGGUUUGCUCCUCUCAUCCCAGCUUUUUGUGCCACACAAAUUUGACAUAGGAAUGUGGAAUCCUCGUACGCAUUUUCUUUUCAAACGAAUUGAUAUAAUGCUGAUACUAAUAGUCAUAUGAGGUAGUGUAGGUUUAUUUUAUUUUAUUUUUUUAACUUCAUUUCUUCAAAAUAGGAGAAAUGAGUUGGUUGGUUAGGUGGGUGGAUAAGACAGAGAGAGUCUUAUUAGUUAGAGCUAGUUGUAAAGAAGAGCUCUGCUUCAUUAUUUUCGUAUAGCUUUCUCCGAAUUUCAUUUGGUUUUUUCAUUUGAGAAGUGGUGGGAAGGGUUUAGAUUUAUAAGAAAUUUUUACACACACAAAGACUAUAUGGAUUUUGAAGCUAAUAGGCUUUUGUCAAAUUUUUAUUAUAAUGAUUAAAUCACAUUAUUAUAGAA